CUCCCCUCCGCCGGCCCCGGCCCCCCACCCCGCCGGGCCCAGCCCCAGCCCCAGCCCUAGCCCCAGCCGGGCCCGUCCCGUGCGGGCCCGUGCCACCCCCUCGGCCGGCGACGCGCCGGGCCGCCCGCCCGCCCGCCACCAUGGAGCUGGAGGACGGAGUGGUGUACCAGGAGGAGCCCGGCGGCUCCGGGGCCGUGAUGUCGGAGCGGGUGUCUGGCCUGGCCGGCUCCAUCUACCGCGAGUUCGAGCGGCUCAUCGGGCGCUACGACGAGGAGGUGGUCAAGGAGCUGAUGCCACUGGUGGUGGCCGUGCUGGAGAACCUGGACUCGGUGUUCGCGCAGGACCAGGAGCACCAGGUGGAGCUGGAGCUGCUGCGGGACGACAACGAGCAGCUCAUCACCCAGUACGAGCGGGAGAAGGCGCUGCGCAAGCACGCCGAGGAGAAAUUUAUUGAAUUUGAAGACUCUCAAGAACAGGAAAAAAAGGAUUUACAGACCAGAGUGGAAUCUUUAGAAUCUCAAACAAGACAACUUGAACUCAAAGCAAAGAACUAUGCUGACCAGAUUAGCAGACUUGAAGAAAGAGAAGCAGAACUGAAGAAGGAAUACAAUGCACUGCAUCAGAGACACACUGAGAUGAUUCAUAAUUAUAUGGAACACUUAGAAAGAACAAAACUUCAUCAGCUCUCAGGGAGUGAUCAACUUGAGUCCACAGCUCAUAGUAGAAUUAGAAAAGAACGCCCUAUUUCAUUAGGGAUUUUUCCAUUACCUGGUGGAGAUGGAUUGCUUACACCUGACACUCAGAAAGGUGGAGAGACCCCUGGAUCAGAGCAAUGGAAGUUUCAGGAAUUAAGUCAACCACGUUCUCAUACCAGCCUGAAGGUCAGCGGUAGUCCUGAACUUCUGAAAGCUAUAGAACAGGAGGUGAGAAUGGUGUUUGAAAGCAUUUUGAAAAGAAUAAACAAAAGUGAUUAAUUUUUGGUUACUUCUUCAACUCCUAUUCUCAAGAUACCAAGUGCUCAGCUUGGAAGUCUUGAUUUAUUCACUGACAUUCAAAAGAAAAUGAUUUUUCCUAUAAUAGUUGUAAGGACUUUACUGUAACCUAUGAUUUAUUCUUAUCCUAAAGUCAGCAUUUUGAAAUAAAGGAGAAAAAAAUAUAGGUAAA